AUGAGUAAUGAUUGGGACCUCUCCGCCAUUGUCAGAAGCUGCUCCUCCAGUGCUGGUCAUAAGGUCAUAGCCAGAAACACACUGGAAGAGAGCUUCUUACACCCGGAUGAGUUUGCCAUUGAUUUAUCUCCUCCUCCUUUUCCUGUUCUAAUUGAUCCCAAAAAUGAAUUGGACGACCCUUUUGACGAAUUAUCUCAUGUUUAUAAACCCUUCUACCGGAGGGUUCAGCCUACCACCGCCGCAGCUGCCGCCAUCGUCGCCACCCCGGUGGCUGCUGAUUCUACAAUUGGAGGAUCGGAAAAGAAACGCAGACGAAAGGAAGUGCAACAACGAACAAACGCUGCCACUCCUAUUGUCGAUGCACCUGCUAUUCCAAUUAAUGCUGCAGUUCAACCAGAAGCGCCGCAGCAGCAACAACAGAAUGAGAAUGAUGGGGUUGGAUCUCAAGCGCCUCGGGGAAGACGGAGAAAGCAGCCGAGGCUGGUGAUCAAGAUGAGUGCGGAGUCGCUGUCUACAGACUCAUGGAGUUGGAGAAAAUAUGGACAGAAGCCGAUACAGGGCUCCAUAACUCCAAGAAGCUACUAUCGCUGCAGCAGCUUCAAAGGUUGUGCAGCUAGAAAGCAAGUGGACCUAAGCGAAGAGGAGCCGGACGUGUACAUCGUCACCUACAUCGGCGACCACACCCACCGCCGCCCCGGAGGCUGGAGAUCCGACGUCGGAACAACCGAAAAAGUCUCCGCCUCCCCCACCUCCGACAAUACUCCGAAACCAGACACUGAAGACAACAAUGAAGACACCGAACCAUGGUGUGAAGCCCCAGAAGACGAUGAUGAUACUGUCAUGGCCAUGCAUGCACUCGACUCAACAGGAUCGGCUUCUACCAGCAGCCAACCUCAGUCUCCACCCAAAAAUUCCGUCAGCACCGCCGGAGAAUCUGUUUAG